GGUCGGUCGGGGUUUUUAAUGAGCAAAACUUCUGUCGCGGAGCGUGGUGGGGGCAGCGCGCGAGAGCUUCGUCGCCGCCAGCAGGCUAAAAGAAGCAGCCAGGUAGGGGCCCAUAUCCAGACAGACGUGGAUGAUGCCAGAGCUAUGACAGGGACUGCAGUCUUGGCACUGAAGGGUGGUGAUCAGUUAUGGAACAGCCAAAGGAGGAAGUACCUGAGGUCAGGGAAGAGGAGGAGGAAGAGGAAGAGACAAUGACAACUAUAGGAGGUGGCGCAAACUCAAAUGAAGGACCAGAAAAUUCUGCACCUUCUAUCAGUUACACAGAUCUUUCCCAGAGUUCUCCUUCUCUGUCAGACCAACUCCAGAUGGGCUGUGAAGAAGCAACCUCAGGAAGUCUAAACGUAGAGUGCAGAGUCUGUGGUGACAAAGCAUCAGGAUUUCACUAUGGAGUACAUGCCUGUGAAGGUUGCAAGGGCUUCUUUCGUCGAACAAUCCGUAUGAAACUGGAGUAUGAGAAGUGUGAGCGGAACUGCAAGAUUCAGAAAAAGAACAGAAACAAAUGCCAGUACUGCCGCUUUCAGAAAUGCCUCUCUCUAGGCAUGUCACAUAAUGCCAUUCGUUUUGGACGCAUGCCAGAAGCUGAAAAAAGGAAGCUAGUGGCAGGACUGACUGCAACUGAGAUCAGCUGCCAGAACCAACAGGUGGCUGACUUAAAAGUUUUUUCCAAGCACAUCUACAAUGCCUAUCUGAAGAAUUUCAACAUGACCAAAAAGAAAGCACGGGGCAUCCUGACUGGGAAAGCCAGCAGCACUCCACCUUUUGUGAUUCAUGACAUGGAUACCCUGUGGCAAGCAGAAAAGGGUCUGGUGUGGAAACAGCUGGUCAAUGGGAUACCAUCAUACAAGGAAAUAGGUGUUCAUGUUUUUUAUCGCUGCCAGUGCACAACAGUGGAAACAGUACGGGAACUCACAGAAUUUGCCAAGAGCAUCCCUAGCUUCAUUAGUCUUUAUCUUAAUGACCAAGUGACUCUACUGAAAUAUGGGGUGCAUGAGGCCAUCUUUGCCAUGCUUGCCUCCAUCAUGAACAAGGAUGGACUCUUGGUGGCCAACGGGAAUGGCUUUGUGACACGUGAGUUCCUGCGCAGCUUGCGCAAGCCAUUCAGUGAAAUCAUGGAGCCCAAAUUUGAGUUUGCUGUGAAAUUCAAUGCCUUGGAGCUGGAUGACAGUGACUUGUCUCUUUUUGUAGCUGCCAUCAUCUUAUGUGGAGACCGCCCUGGUUUGAUGAAUGUUAAACAAGUUGAGGCAAUUCAAGACAAUAUCCUCCAGGCCCUGGAGUUCCAUCUGCAGACCAAUCAUCCAGACACUCAAUACCUCUUCCCUAAGCUGCUGCAGAAAAUGGCUGACUUGCGACAGUUAGUUACUGAGCAUGCACAGUUGGUGCAGAAGAUCAAAAAGACAGAAGCAGAGACUUCUCUGCACCCUCUCUUGCAGGAAAUCUAUAAGGAUAUGUACUGAGGAGCCUAUAUUUAUUAAAUAGGUGAAAGCCAUGGAAUCCAGCAAACACUUUAUACAGCGAAGAAAUCGCCUGUGUCUUCAGUUCCUUCCACUGGAAGUGCUUUCCUGUAUGAUUGCUGCAUUCUGUUAAUUGGGUGUACAGCAAAAGACUUGGCAUUUACCAUAGAAUGGUAGGUCAGGGCUUCCGUUAACAUACACUACACACAACGACAUCAUAAGCUAAAUAUCUGUCGUUAUAGUACAGCUGAGACAUUGUUCCAGAGCAGCUGAUGUGUUUACACACACCUUGCAAAAUAUGCUUGAACUGUGAAUUGGAUUGUACCAUUGGACAAUUAAAGCAAGCAGUAGCUUGUCUAGCAGGUACAGGAACAGCACUUAUAUCAUAUAUCUGUUGAAUAUUGUUUUUAUAUUGCACUCUGAAUUCUAGCUUGGCCCUAAGCCGUAAGUUGCAAGAUAUUACAAAAAAUCAACAACAAAAAGGGCAUGUAUGUCUGUGUCUAAACUUCCCAAAGAGACCUCAAAGUGUUUGAUGAAGGGUACGAACACUCCUUUUGGAGACUCCUUGAGAGGAAUGGCCUUUGGUAUUCUUCUUAGUGCACAAGAACACAUAUGCCUUUUGCACGAAAGGCCAUAUCUUCUAUACUCCAUGUUAUUUUCUCUCCCUUCUCUUUGGGUCAUUCUACACUGCAGUUUGUUUGUUCUAUUUUAUAGACAGGUAUACAACUUGCUAACGAAACGAAGAGACGUGGGCUUCUUCUGUUCCUUGUAGUGUGCUCCAGGACUUGCCAAAUAAUAGAGUUGGGCCUAAAGAGGAUGAGGAUGAGAUUUUGUUCUUGGAUGGUAGCUGCCAAAAAUCAAACUGGUUCCUUUAUCUGAUUCAAAGUAGACUUGACACUCCUUAGAGUAUAGAAAAGAAUAAUCAUAAAUCUUCUUGUCUAGGAGAAUAUAGUGCAGGUCCUCUUCCUCAAAGGGCAACCCUCAGACCACUGUGAGAUCAAGGUGAUUUGAGGGUAUUAGUGAAGACAGUGAUGAUCACUCUGCUCCUCUUUAUCCUGGUCUUCCCAGAACUGCCUAGGAGAUCUGAAGAUGGCUCCUGAUAUGUGAAUUGUAUCUGUGCCUUUCCAAAAGCGCUUAUGGGACAAUGUGCUGCAUUUGCCCAUGGUUAUCCCUGCCUUUGUAAUAAAAGUGUCACAAGCAACCACUAUAGAAAGAAAUAGCAUUUCAUUCUCUCCCCUCCAACAUUUCUUCCCAAGAUCUCCAUAACAAUUUAUUUUAUAUUUUCCAACUGCUUGGAGGAAACUCUAAGAGAUAAUCAGCUCCUCUUACCUUCCUUACAGUCCAUGGGGAUCUCAACAGGCACUUUUUGCCACAUUGGUUGUAGUUGGAAUAAAUGAUUUUCUAGCCAAAGGAAGGUUAUUUUCACAGGAAUCCAUGGCUCAUGUGAGACCAUUUUGUUUAGCCAUAGUUAAUGUACAGUUAGGUUGCUUUCACCUUUGGCUUCUAUAUAUAUUUUCUCAGCAAUAAUAUCAAAUUAAAUUGGCAUGAUGUUGGAGAGUGGCCUAAAUACCUUGGCAUUGAGAUUUUAAUUCUAGUACCAUUCUCUCGUUAUGAAGCCUUAGGCAAACUUGCUUGUGUCAGUUUGUGUCAAAGAGAUUAUAAACUUGUGGGGAGUGGGAGUCAGAAAUUACUGUCAAAAGAACCAUGAAAUAGCAGAUAGAAUAUAAUAUCCUCACAAGUGUGCAGAGGUACACUUUCAGCUGAUGCAAAAAUUACUUUAGUUCAUAGAUUGUCCUACCAUUUCUGAUUGAAAUAUGUAUUUUUUUCUGCUUGUUCUCUGGGAUCCACCAAAUGCCAACAUUGACAGUCUAGCUUCCAGGCUUGAUCUUGAUGUUAAAGAACAUUAAGAAGCUUUCAGUAUCUUACCUCAUGACAUUAGAAACUAUAUUUUUACAGUUUUCCCUUUUCAAAGUACAACUAAUAUUCUAAGCAGGAAGUUCAAUGUCUGGUAUCUCCUGUUAAACAGAUCAUAUAGAAGGCGUUUUGAAAGCUUCUGUCUGAGAAACAAGAUUACUAUUGCCAGAUAGAGAUGAUGAUGCUGGGUUGACUAGACAAAUAGUAUGUCCCAAUAUGGGGUAGCUUCACAUUCUUUUUGUAUUGCAUAUUUCACCACACAUUUUAAUUUAGAAUUUCCUUGGCCAUAUGAAAAUAAGGGAAAUAAUUAUGGCACUAGUUUUUCUCUCUGAGGUUGCAAUAUGCCAUCUGUGCAUGUAUUGGCUGAGAAGGGAAGCUACAACUCUCUGAACCCCCCCCAGUCCAGCUCUAUUAAGUUGUUAUAACUCAUAAUGUAAAUCUCCUUAAUAAAGGGAAAACUAAGUUUGCAAAAAAUUAAAGCAUUAUUAAUAUUGA